AAAAUUAACUGGAAAAGCGCUUUCCCGCGACGCCCCAUCAUCCAUUUUCCCCAUCCCCGAUCCACCCAUCCAUUUUCCCCCGACAAGGAAAUUACGACAACCCUAACUAGUAAAUACCAUUCAAGUAGUGGCAAUUCCCUCCCAGAAGCAAAGAAAGUACAUUGUUUGAUCAGAUAAUUGCUUUUGCGGAAGUGAUCCGGAUUGCUUGACUUGUGAUAUUGAUUGAUCCUUCGGUUUGAUUGAUCUCACCGAAGAAGUAUUUGGGUACGAUCGGCUAGAUACGGGUUGAUUCGCUAUCUCUAUCCUUUAUUGGGAAUAUACUUUCGAUUCGAUUGUCGAGAUAGAAAAGUACGAGAUAGACUUCGAUCGAUCGAUCGGUUGUUGUUUGCUUUUGCUUGCUUCGUUAUAUAUCACCACACCACCGCCACCACUUCCCAACCUCAAAGCAAGACCAGAAAUACCAAGAAAAAACAUCAUGCCCAACCGUCUCGGCAUCGCCUCCAUGUCCCUGGGCCGUCCCGGCAUCCACUCCCUCCCCUACAAGCUCCGCGUCGCCGCGCAAUACGGCUACACCGGCAUCGAGCUCUUCUUUGACGACCUCGACCACUACGCCCGGAGCCACUUCUCAGGCAACCACAUCAGCGCCGCGCACGCCAUCGCCCAACUCUGCGCCUCCCUCCAUCUCACCAUCAUCUGUCUCCAACCGUUCUCGUUCUUCGAGGGCCUCACCGACCGCACACAAACCGAGUUCCUCCUCACCGAGAAACUCCCUAAAUGGUUCACACUCGCUCGGAUCCUCGGCACGGAUAUGAUCCAGGUGCCGUCGAAUUUUGCCCCCGAGAAUGAAACCACCGGGGAUCGGGAUGUGAUUGUGGGGGACUUGCAACGGCUCGCGGAUCUGGGAGCCAAGGAGUCCCCCCCGUUUCGGUUCGUGUAUGAGGCGUUGGCGUGGGGGACGCGGGUGAGUUUAUGGGAUGAGGCGUAUGAGAUUGUGUGUAAGGUGGAUCGGACAAAUUUUGGGAUCUGUUUGGAUACGUUUAAUUUGGCGGGACGGGUGUAUGCGGAUCCGGGGAGGGCGGAUGGGAUGGUGGUGGGGGCGGAGGAGGCGUUGAGGGAGUCGUUGAGGAAGUUGAGGGAGACGGUGGAUGUGAAGAAGGUGUUUUAUGUGCAGGUCGUGGAUGGGGAGAGGUUGGAGAGGCCGUUGGAUGAGGAGCAUGAGUUUCAUGUGCCGGGCCAGCCGGUGCGGAUGAAUUGGUCGAGGAAUGCGAGGUUGUUUGCGUUUGAGGAGGAGAGGGGGGGUUAUUUGCCCAUUGAGGAGACCGCGAGGGCGUUCUUUGAUACCGGGUUUGAGGGGUGGGUGAGUUUGGAGCUGUUUUCGAGGACCCUGGCGGAGGAGGGGAGGGGGGUUGUUGUUGAGCAUGCGAGGAGAGGGUUGGAGUCGUGGAAGGAGUUGGUGAGGAGGUUGCAGUUUGUUGAGGCGUAUCCGCCGGUGGAUUUUGUGGUCAAGGAGGUGGUGGAGGAGAGGGAGGUGGGGUUGGUGCAGGGGAGGUUGUAG